AUGGUUUACAAAAUCAGAAAUAAGUCAUUCUUCUGGACUAGAGCAGGUUGGAAAAAUAACUGGCAUCCUAAAAAUUUCAAUGCCCCACGUCCAUCAAGCUCAGAAUUCACUAUUGGUAUUAGAUGUCGUUACGACCAUAAUUCAUUUUUGAGAGCUUAUCAUUCAUACAGAAAGAUCUCCAGACAUUGCAAGUAAUAUUUCUUUGGCAACAAAGAGUUGGAAGAAUUAUUUUAGAUGGGUUUGAGAACAUUUUUCAUUGUACCUCACAUCGCUGAAUGCCAAGUCACUUAAAUCAAACAUGGUGGUGAAAGAAGAAUGGUCGAUUAGAUUGACAGAGACUUUGAAUUGGUAUCCUACAAUUCACAUCCUUAUUAAUUGUUCACCUACAGUGUCUGGAAUCAAUAUUUGGCAAAUCAAUAAGAAGCUUAUGAAUAAAGAAAGAAUGGUGGUUAAGCUAUUGAAGAUCAAGUCAUUGAUCACAUCAGUGAAUUAGUAAAGGAUGAGAAAGCUAAGUUGGGAGCAGGCAAAUAAUUAAGUAUUGAACGAACUGCAGAAAUAGUGAUGAAUGUUAUGAGGUAAUUGAGAGCUGCAUAAUAAAGGCCAAAUCUUAAUAAUAGACGUGCAGAUGGCGAAUUUGAUGAUUUCUUAGAGUAGAGAAGACCAUUUACAGCUCCAAACAAUUAAUCAGCUACUCAUUGAGCUGCAAUACAUUCAAAUAAAAUAUAAUAGCUAUUAAAUUAAAGUAUUUUUCUC